AUUCAUUUUAAAUUAUUUUAAUUAUUUACAAUUACAUUUUGCUUAUUUUUCCUAAUUAAUAAACUUUGUAUUUUGGAUGUUAACCUUGAAUGCAUUACCAGAUUUAAAACCGAAACUGCAACAGGUAGCUAGUCUGGUUAUAACAAUCACCCAGACGUGGUUCAGGAAUAUUGGCAUCCAUAAAAAAUCAGGUUUUUGUGAUAAUUUUGAUUAAUUACGUAGAAUUGUUAAUUAGCAUAGAGGUAAGUAGACACGCACAUUUUUGUAUUAAUUCAUCGAAUUAAUUUUAAUUUGAAUUAACGAAGAUAUUUUGAAACGACUUAUUUUAAUCUAAACUAAAAAAAGAAAACCAGCCCCGACUGUUUUCUUUGAUGAGAUUGUAAAUUUCCGUAAAACCAAACAAAUAUUUUUUUUAGGUAUGACUUAUUGUCAUUGGUCAUAACCACAGGAGAAUUGAAGUUAACGAACCUUCAUUAUUUUUUUGAGACAAUACAAUCAAUACUAAGUAAAUUUAUUAUAAGCCGCCAACUUAUAAGGAAAAAAUAAUUCAGCAUGCCAUUAGAGGUGCAUUGUCAAUAUCAGAGUAAAAAACUAUGUUAAUAUUUGCAGUCGAUAUUACAAGUCAUCGAGUUUUGUGAGAUCCUACUCGAUAGUUACUGUCCAAACCGUUGAAAACUUAGUUACCACAGUUCAGUAGCAAAAUAUAGACUAUAACAAACGCAACCCUUUUAGCAAUAAAUUUUUAAUUUUAGAAAAUAAAAAAUGUUUACUUACGCUUAUAUUAUCCCGAUUUUAUGCGCCGUUUGGUUUUUCCUGACUUUCAUUGUAACGUAUAUAAUUUCUGUCUGCAAAAAGGAUGUAACACCCGUUUUUCCAUAUAUUAGCGAUACUGGAACUUGGUCUCCAGAAAGUUGCAUUUUCGGAUUAAUGUUAAAUAUUGGUGCUAUAAUACAGGGUUUAAUCAUGUAUAUUCGUUACCGCCAAUUAAGCCAUUUGUUGAACAAAGACACGUCUUAUCCUGAGACAUUGGAGAAAAACAAUCGGACAUCGCUUAUUUUGGGAAUAACUGCUGCUUUUGGUGUUUGCAUUGUUGCUAAUUUCCAAGAAACAAAUGCUUUUGAAGUGCACGUCUUUGGGGCUAUUCUUGCUUUCGGUUUGGGGUCUGUGUAUCAGUGCAUGCAGGCUCACAUUUCAUUUAAAGUUUAUCCAAAUCUGGGAAAUAAGACGGUAAAUAUAGUACGAAUCGUCUUUUCCGUCAUCAGUUGUGUCACAUUUCUGGUCACUUUUCUCUUCGCAGGAAUGUCUCUUCUUCAAUUUAGAGGGGAUGAUCCUACGAAAUGGACCAAAGAUGAUGGAGGCUAUGUGGACCAUUUUAUAAGUGCCAUUGCUGAAUGGAUUAUGGCGGUUACGACUAUUUUAUUUUUGGCUCUUUAUACAUCAGAAUUCAAGAAGAUCUCCUUCACGGAACCUCCACUUAUUGAAACGCAAGAAGCAUAAUUUUUAUUUUAGAUGAAUUUUUGCCCAUUUGAGUUAGCUUUAUUUAUUUUUUUUAUUUUUGAACUUUAUUUACAUACAAAUACUAUACUUUACCAAUUAAAAGUAGGUUGACAUUUAUGAUUUACCUACGAAUAUUUUAAAAAAAAUUGUUUAAGAUGCUCAGUAUUAAAACCUUUUUUUAUUGUAUAAUAAACAAGUGACACUUUGGUAAAUAACCACCUAUUUUAAUACGAGAGGUUUUGGAACGUUGCAAACUUAGAGAAUCAAUUUAAUAUUCAUGUUUGAUUAUUUUUUAUUAAUGAAUAGAUCAAUAAAAACAUAUUGUUUAAUGCAAUAUUAUUCAUUCAAAAUUGACAUUUAUUUUUUGACAUUUGGCAUUUUUUAUGUCUAUUUAAUGAUUC